UAUACUUGCACGUUGGAGAACUGCUUACGAGAUCUUCAUAAAGGAAGUGGGAGAGAACGAUAAAGUGAUCUGUAGCGCGAUUCGUAUUGUAGGCGAAUCAUGCAAUGAAGACAAUGUUAGUCGAACUAAUUGUAAGUCUGCUAUAAUAAACGCAGUUUUGCCUUGGUGUCUGGAAAUGAUGAACAGCACGUUUACGGAGAGAGUCAACGCAUCUGAAUAUUGUUUACUGAAUGUAUUGAACAGCGGCAUGAAUGAUGAAACUGAUUCAAAACCUGACGAGACUUUGAGCAAGAAGCAUAAGAAAGUAUUGACAAGAUUCUGUCAUGCUUGUUGGGUAAAAUAGGGAAUAAAAUCGCAACAGGCAUUACUAAAGACACAUUAAUAAAAUUUAUUACGCGUAACAUUCAUUAUACUGCGUUAGAUUGGGCAAAACGAUUGGUCGAACUUCGCGGUUUGCAAAAAUUAAUGGAAAUGGCCAGUGAAAUGGUGAAAUUUAAAAACAAAAUCUCAAUCGACAUCACUUCUUCCACGCAAACUCUAAUUAGUAUGUACUUAACAGAAGUGUAUGAAAAGAUGAUAUGCAAUGAUGAUAAGAAAAUAUUUAUCAACGCCAUUGACGAAUUUAUUGGAGAUAAAUUGCCUAAAUUUGACACAGAAUUCAAGGUGCGCAUUGUACUUGCGAUAACAACCUUAAUAUUCAGCCCGUUAGAUGCUCUGGAAGUCGAUUCCAUUGUGGCAGACGUUUUGCCUUGGUGUCUGGAAAUGAUGAACAGCGCAUUUACAAGGAGAAUCGAUGCAUCUCAAUAUUGUUUACAGACUAUAUUGAAAACUUACAGCGGCUUAAACGAUGAACCCGAUUCAAUACCCGACGAGGCUUUGUGCAUGAUGCAUAAAAAAGAAAUUGACAGGAUUCUGUCGUGCUUGUUGGAUAAAAUAGGAAAUGAAACAACAACAGGCAUUGCUAGAGACGCAUUAAUAAAAUUUAUUAUGCGUAACAUUCAUUAUACUGCAUUACACUGGGCCAAACAAUUGCUCGAGUUUAGUGGUUUGGAAAUAUUAAUGGAGGUAGCCUGUCAAUGCCAAAACGAAUAUUGCAAUUCGUUGGAUUAUACGUCUUCCACGCAAACUAUAACCAGCGUGUGUUUAGCAAAAAUCGAUGAAAACUUGGAUGAAAAUGAUAAGGAAGAAUUUUUCGACAUUAUUAAUGAAUUUAUUAGAGAAGAAUUGCAGACGACUGACGUAGGAUGUCAUAUGCGUGCAAUAGUUGCGAUGACAAUCGUAACACUCGGUCCGUUUAAUGUUGCAAACGCAAUUAUUACUGAAAACGGAUUUGAUGAUAUGAUUUUUUAUUUUUUGGGAGAGAAAAGAAAUGACUUAUUGAUUAAAAAAAUGAUUUGCGAAUUUAUUUAUGCCGUUGUAACCAAAUAUGACGAAUUCAACACGUUCAUACGUCGAUGUUUCACUAUAUUGCGGGAUUUGUGUCAUCUUGCCCCGAAUGAUUCUGAGGACCCGGAUGAUUCUGCGGAUCUGGACAAUUCUGAAAACUUGGAUAAUUCUAAGGACCCGGAUGAUUCUGAAAAUCUGGAUAAUUCUAUGAACCUGGUUAAUUCUGAGAGCUCGCAUGAUUCUGAGCACCUGAAAGAUUCAAUUCGGAUUCGAGCUUUUGUGGGUAUUUGUAAGAUGACCAAAUUCAAAGUGUUGGAAGAAGAAUUGCAGGCUGUUCUUAUGUUCGAUAAGAAACAGACAGAUACAUGGCUGAAAGUUUGCAGACGAUUCUUGACCAAUCUUCAGAAAGAUAUGAAAAAAUGGGCCGUUGAAGGUCUGUCGUAUCUCACUUUCGACCUCGGGGUCAAAGAGGAUUUGAUCCGAGACCAACAUGCCGUUCAAGCGAUAAUCGAGUUUGCAAAGGCUGCAGAAAAUCAAUCGGUUCUUUACCAAGUGGACGUAUUAUUGGUGAACUUGUGCACCGCUUAUGACAAUUAUGAUCUCCCACUUGAGAGAGAAAUGUUUGUCAAUUAUUUUGAUCUUGAGAAUCAAAUACUGGCCGAGGACAGCUUCGUGCGAAAAAGACGGCGCGUGUUAGCGAAGGCCGGCGUGACCAGCGCUUUGGUGAGCCUCGCUAAAAUAGGCAGCGAGAAUAGCAAGAAAUUAAUAGCCCGCGUUUUCAACGCGAUAUGCAGUGAACAGGAUUUGAGAAAUAUAGUUGUUCAAGAAGGCGGCACGAAGACAUUAUUGUCGUUAGCGCUGAAUAGCACAAACAUAGGAAAGAUAGAUGCUACACGAGCCCUGGUCUAUCUAGCACUCACGACACUUCCUGAGGUUACAUUUCCCGGUCAGAUAAUCAUGGAGGUUGUACAGCUGAUCCCAAAUCUUUUGAACCCGGAGCGUUCCGUUAAUGAGAGAUGCGAUGCUCUAACAGCUUUGUGCAAUCUAGCUAGUGUCAACGACAGCAUGCGAGAACAUAUUUUCAAGACAGAAUGUGAGAAAAUUGAGCAAUGUAUGCGUGAAGAUAACAACAUGUUGAAACGAACGUACAUACAACUCAUAAACAAUUUGGUAUUAGCCCAUAAAGUUGCCAUUCAAUUUGUUGAGCAGAGAUCUGAUCACCUUUUUGAUCUUAUGAAUUGGUUGGUGAAGGAUGACACAGAUGACCAUACAAAGAAGGCAUUAGCUGGAACGUUAGCAACGCUAACGGCAGCCGGCAAAGAGACUUGCGAAAAAUUACUCGGCUGGGAUCUUUGGCCGACAUUUCUACCUUUUUUACUCAAUGAUCCAAACGAUGAAUUACAACAUAAAGGUACCAAAAUUGCGUUAAAUAUGAUGAAAAAUGCGAAAGACGUCGCUGCAAAACUCAUCAAAACAGAUACAAUAAUAAAACGAGUGAGGGAAUUGAGCGAUAAUGACACCGUGCAAAACAAGGAGUUCAAGGAAUUGGCUUCCCGUGUUUUAGAAGCUGCUGCGGAAACUCAAGAGGGCAAACUCAAGAGAGACAUCGAAAGGAACGGAUCGUGUCAAAGCACUGAUAAUAUAGAACAUUCGAUUAAGAGAAUUAAACGUGAAUAA